CCCAUGGACGCCAGCAACCAGACACAGGUGGCAGAAUUUGUCUUCCUGGGUUUCUCAGGUGUCUCACAUGGCCACAUCUACCUCUUCUUUGUGUUCCUCGCCAUCUACUUGGCUACCAUCUUUGGAAACACAGCCAUCAUCACCCUCAUCCAGCUGGAUUCCCGCCUUCACAGCCCCAUGUAUUUUUUCCUCAGCCAUCUCUCCUGCUUGGACCUUUGCUACUCCUCCGUCACCGUCCCCAAGAUCCUGGUGAAUUUCUGGCACCAGAGACAGACCAUUUCAUACAACCAGUGCAUGGCCCAGAUGUUCUUCCUGAUGAUGUUCGCGGGCUCCGAAUGCGCGCUGCUGGCCAUCAUGGCCUACGACCGCUAUGCAGCCAUUUGCCAGCCAUUGAGGUACAGUAAGCUGAUGAGCAGCCAGGUGCGCAUCCCUCUUGCUGUGGCCUCUUGGCUCUGGGGCCUUCUCGACUCGGUCAUUCACACUGCGCUGGCUACCAACUUGUCUUUCUGUGGGGCCAACCGCAUCGACCACAUCUUCUGCGACGUCCCGCCUCUCCUGAAAAUCGCCUGCAGCGACACCUAUGUCAACGAGAUCACGCUCCACCUGGCCAGCAUCUUCAUGGGCUUGAGCCCUUUCUUGUUCAUUGUCUUGUCCUACGUCUACAUCCUGUCGGCCAUCUUGCGAAUCCGCUCCAACACCAGCAGACGCAAGGCCUUCUCUACCUGUGCGGCUCAUAUGACUGUGGUGACCAUUUACUACGGGAUGAUAAAUCUGAACUACAACCGCCCCAGCGCCGGCUACUCUUUGGAGAUUGACACCCUGAUCUCCGUGUUGUAUUGCGUCAUCACCCCAAUGCUCAACCCCCUCAUUUACAGCCUCCGCAACAAAGAGGUGAAGGGAGCCCUGCAGAAGUUGCUGGAGAGACAGAGGAAGGGAUAUACUUCCACCUGGUGGAAGUGGUAG